UGAACAGGAAGGGGCGCAGAUUUGUGUGUGAGAGGGGAAGGUGAGAGGGUGACCGGCGGCUCCCAGACUUGGGGAGCUUGCUUGUCAGUGACCCUAGCAGCUUCUUCUGCAGUCAGGGCUAGGACCGGGUGUCCUGUUUCCCAGCGCCACUUCCCAGCGUCCCAGCACUCGGCCAGUACCGCGGGCAACCUCGCUUAAACUUAAUGUGCACCAACGGGAGACCUGCACUAGCAGAACAGGUAAGAGCUCAGGAAGGAAGGCAAGGAGACUCCCGUUCUCUAUAUUUAAAUAAGGCCGGUUCCCACUUCAGGUGGAUAGCAGAAUGCCCUCCCGCGGUGAUUCUGGCCGGGAGGGGCUCAGUAGCUUUCAGCAGGGAGCCCAAGGCAGCAGGGGGGUAUGAUGGAGGAUGAGACUAGGGUCUGCUUCCCGCCCUCCGUCCUGCACCUCUGUGGCCCGGUGGGGUCCCCGGGGACACAUCUGGCAGCUGGGGCCCUGAGUGUUUGGGUGAUCUUUUCUCAGCGGGAGCAGCAUGAAGGGUGUUCAAUAGCUUUAUGGAUUCUCUCUCUCUCGUGUUCAAUUAAUUAAUUUCUUGCUUAAUUUAAUUAAUUUUUCAAUCUGGAGCUUGAGGCCAUGGACACAUAGCUGGUGAUUUAUUUUGCUGCUUUCUGAUCUCUGUCUUCAGCCCUUCUUUCUUCUCCUGUUAGCAAGGGUGUCGACUGCUAUUACCUGCUGCUGAUCCCUUUGCAAAGUGAUAAAUGAAUUGAAACUAGUACACGUCUACUGUGUGAGUCAAUAAUGAGCUAUUUUAAUAUGGAUUAACAUAAAGAGAACAAUGAAAGCGAAAAUACAGAAAAGUAACAGUUUUUCUCUUCCCAGUUCUUUACAGUCACCCAGUGCUCCACCAAGUUGAUUAUCUUAUAGUCCAUACUGUGUUAAUUAAGAGGGCCAGUUACUUCUCUUAUUCUGGGUUCUGUGUUUAGCCUCAUGACAUUUUUAACAUGGGAGGAUAUUAGUUCAAGAUUUUCAUAACGGCUGUGGGCUGUGGAAGCCUUUGUACAACUUAUUAAUUUGAGGAGGGGUAAGAAAAAAGAGAAAAAAGUGCCCCUCCCCCACCCAGAGAUGCCCACAUAGAAUAAACGAUGUAGUCUUGAAAACUAUUGCUACAGACUAACUUUCAAUGUAAUGAAGUUUUCACAUGAAUAACAGUGAUUCACACAUUCUGUUAGAGUGGUGUUGUCACCAGAUUACUAAUGUAUGAAAUUCAUUUAGCAUAAUGAGGUUAUCUAGGAAGUAAAAAUAGAAACUGAAUCCUGGGGUAGCGAGUAUGAGGGUGACAGCAUUUCUCCUCUCAAACCCAGUGUCUUGUUUUGAUCUUAUCUCCAGUUUACUUCCUAUCACAGUGUUUACGAAUGGGUAAGCAUUUAUGUGUUUCUGGUGGGAAAAGCUGUUUCACACCUGAGAAACAACUGUAAGACCACUUUCUGAGCAACCCUGUUGGGUGUCCAUUAAAUGUGACUUGGAAACAGCCAAGAACAGGAUUCCUAGACUCAUCAGGGUAGUUGGCUGCCCUUGGCACAUCAUUCCCUGCACUGCUGUAAGUUUCUGGCAAGUUCUUUACCAUUUGUAAGAGAGAAGUGUUUUAUGUGAGGUACAUAAUCUGGUAACGUAGCAGUGAUGUCCUUAAGGAAAGGUGCCAUGUGAUGAAGCAAUUUGAUUGUGUCUGUCCAUCUUCCCAUUAAUGGCAGUCAUUGAUGUCUUCCACAUGUUGGUAGUAGGAAAUUCUCUCUGAAUUGCAUCAAGCCAGGAGGAUUCAUCUAGUUUAUCAAAUGUUUCUCUGUGUGAAGGAAUAGCUAAAAUAUUACAUUGUAUAGGGUGUUUUUUUUUUUUUUUUUUUUAAGAUUCAUUUUAUUUACUUGAAAGGCAGAGUUACAGAAAGGGAGAGACACAGAGAGAAGUCCUGUAUCCAUUGGUUCACUCUUUAAAUGACCACAAUGUCUUGGGGUGGACCAGGCUGAAGCCAGGAGCUAGGAGCAUCUUCCUAGUUUCCCACUUGGGUACAGAGGCCCAAACACUUUGGCCAUCUUCCACUGCUUUCCCAGGUGCUUUAGCUGAGAGCUGGAUUGGAAAUGGAGCAGACAGGUCUUGAACCAGUGUCCAUGUGGGAUGCCAACACUGAAAGUGGCUGCUUAACCUACUAUGCCAGCCCCAGGUGGAUUUUUUUCAAAGUGGGGGGUAAAUUUUUUCUGGUAUGACUGUCUAUAUAAAGAUUAUAAUCUGUAGUAGAUGAUGAUUUUGGUUAUAUUUUGUUUCAAUUUCUUUUUAGUGUAUAUUUUUGAAGUUUAUGAGUCCUAGUAUUUAUGUUGUUAUCCUGGCUUUGAUAAAUAAGCUUUCUCUCAUCUCAUUUAAAAUAAUUUUAAAAAGAGAGAGAGAGAGACCAGUUUCAGUUCCCAAAUGGCAACAUUGGCUAGGGUAGGGCCAGACUGAAGCCAGAAGCCUGAAACUGCGUUUGGAACUCCCAUGUGGGUGGCAGGGACCCAAGUGUUGUGCCAUCUUCUGCUGCCUUUCACAGGUGUAUUAGUAGGAAACAGGAUUGGAAUAGAGCAGCUGGGACUUGAACUGGUGCUUGUAUGGGUUCUGGCAUUGCAGAUGGUAGCUUAACCUAGUGUGCUUGAAUGCUAGCCCAGCAAUAGAUAUUUUGAAGUGGCUAUGAAAAUGCACAAUCUAAAUUCACAAGGGAAAUGGAAAGAAGUUUCUUUUAACUCCAGUUCAUUCCGUGGGCCUUUAUUGGACAUUAUCUCUGACUGGGCCAAUAAGCAAAGCAAAAGAAGUCAGAGCAUUAGUUAAUAUUUUGCUCUAAAUCAGGGGUGGGGAACCUCCAGCCUGUGGGCCAUGUAAGGUUGAUGAAAUCAUUUGUUCUGGCCCUGCCAAGACAACUGCAGGUCAGACUGGAUAAUUAAUCUACAGCAAGCUGAUUUUUGAGUGAAUAGUUUUGUAUGGUCCAAUAAUAAUGUUAUAAAUAUCCAAAUGGCAUGACAGAAAAAACUUUCCCACCCCUGAAAAAUGUUAAUAGCAAAUCCAUUGCAGUUUAUUAAUCUGUAUAUGAGUGAAUGAAAGGGGCUGGUGCUGUGCCCUAGUAGGUUAAGCCUCUGCUUGUGGCUCUGGCAUUCUAUUUGCGCACUAGUUCAUGUCCCUGCUGCUCCUCUUCUGAUCCAGCUCUCUGCUAAUGGCCUGGAAAGGCAGUAGAAGAUGGCCCAAGUGUAGGGGCCCCUGGGGAAGCUCCUGGCUUUGGGUCAGCCCAGCUCUGGCUGUUGCAGCCAUCUGGGGAGUGAAACAGUGGAUGGAAGAUCACUCUAACCCUGCCUCUCAAAUAAAUAAAUUUUAAAAAAAGAGUGGAUGAUUAACUAUUAUUACCAAUCCUGUGGAAGAAAGCACAUCUAGGCAACAUAUGCCAAUACCAAUUAUGUUUCUAAAUACUAUCAGAGAUUCUGGGCAGGUUGUUGAAAUGGCUUUAUUCCUUCUCAGAACAGAGAAAUUGGAAUCCUUUGUGAUGAGAGAGGAUGAGAGAGGCAUGUGCAUCAAAAAUAAUGCUGCUGCUGUUGGCUCACAGGGAACCUGUUUCUGGAAAUGCAUGUUUAUGACCAGUGUGCGUGAGGUAUCUACAUGUACAACCGGUACCAACUCAGUAUGUAUAAAUGUUCUUUUCUAGAUGUGCAUGAUGGGCUUCUUCAGUGCCUGGUCCUUGUUGGGGGAGAUGAGGAGAGGAUAUAUUUGGGGGAAUUGCAUAGCUCAAAACUGGUCUCUGAAUAUCAAGUCUGCCAUGAGUAGUGCUGCAUUAAUUUAUAGAACCCCCACCUACUGUAUUGGGUGGCUUGAUUUUGCAAGGUCAGUAAUGAAAAAUCUUUCUCAUUCUCUCCCAUCCUCUCUGUGUCUCUGCCUUGCAAAUAAAUGAAUAAAUCCAAUCAAAGAGAGAUAUCUUCUGUCUGAGAUGGCUGCUAUGGGAAUAAUGUAUUUCUCAGGGAAUAGUGUAUUUGAAGGUUUUUGUAAGCCUUUUUAUUCACUUGUCUGUGGUGAAUUUAACCUGGAAUGUGUAUAGACCAAAAUCAGCUAUGUGUAGACUACAGGAAAUUGUUGAAAUUUCUGAGUGAUUAUGGUGUGCUGCUGCUGCCCACUGACUCCUAAGGCCUGUGGUGUCUCGUCUGAGCAUCUGUAAGUCAGAAAUAUGGAGUCUCCACCACUUGGGAAUUCCAUUUUUUUCCUCCUGUUUCUUUUCCCUUUUUUUUCUUUGCUAUUUCUGCUGGCUUGCAAAGGGCAUGAUUGCCCAGAAAUAAUCACUGCCUUGAUCCAAGAUGCCACUUGGCUUCCUUCCCUGGGAAGACUGCUUCCUGUGUGACAUUGGCCAUUGAAAGAGAUUGAUGAACUCACACUGGGCAUUUUCUAGGUGGAUGACUUAUCCUACCUUCCAGCCCUUUGGCAGUGCAAUGAAUGCCACUGCAUUAGAAGUGUAAGUUCCUAGGGAAUUUGAUGGAGCAGAGGGCUGAAGAAACUCAUCAUCCUUCAUUUCAUUGCUUUUCUCAUCAUGUUUCUCUGGUCUUGGUAUUAUUUUUUAGCUUUUCCUUUGGUUCAUAUCCAGCAGACUGCAUGGGAUUCUAUUUUCAUAACUGCCAGCCCUUUUCCACAUCAGGCUACUUUUCAGAGAAGGACAAAGAUGAUAUCAGUCACCAUAAACUAUGUCAAGUAAUUAUGUUUUUAUUGUGAUUUCAAGACUGGAAAACUGACUUCUCUUAGGACUUAACAGGUUUGAUGGGUGUUUGCCCUGGGAUUACUCUGAGUGCUAGACACAAUUGUUUUGUGUGGUUGCUAUAUAUUUCAGUUCCUGCUUGUGGAAAAGUUUUUCUCAUGUUCUCUGAGUGCCUGGUUGGGCUACACCUGCCUAUAGUGGAAACUGAACCUUCAUUUGGCACUUGGAAACUCAGAGUGCUGAGUCCUGUAAUCUUCUGCAUGAAUGUGUUCAGAAUGUAUUCAGAAAAAUGUGUUUUGAAAUAUUUGGGCUGUGAGUAGGCAGGGCAGUUUUCCUGGAUCCUGGUAAGAAUUGAUGAACCGAUGGUGUUUUCCUAUACCACAUUAUGUUCUGAGAUGUAAAAAAACUAUAUCUGAACUUUGAUCCCCCUGUUCCAGAAUUUUUGUGCUUCCAUCCUUUUUCUUUCUUUUUCUUUUUCUUUUUUUUUUAAAGAAUUACUUUAUUUAUUUGAAAGGCAGAGUUAUAGAGAGUGGUAGAGCCAGAGAGAGAGAGAGAGGUCUUCCAUUCCACUCGUUCACCCUCAAAUGACCACAAUGACAGAGCUGAGCUGAUCCAAAGCCAGGAGCCAGGAGCUUCCUCUGGUUCUCCUAAACGGGUACAGGGGUCCAAGCACUUGGGCCAUCUUCUGCUUUCCCAGGCCAUAGUAGAGAGCUGGAUCGGAAGAGGAGCAGCUAGGAUAUGAACCGGUGCCCAUAUGGGGUGCUGGCACUGCAGGUUGGGGCUUUAACUCACUGUGUCACAGUGCUGGCUCCUGUAUUCCAUCCUUUUUAUAACCACAGACAUGAGUAUCCUUUUUCCUUCUCUUUAUGUUGCUAGAAGAGCAAAGGAGACAUUGCAGUUCUCUCCCCUGUCAGUGUAUCUUCUUCAGUCUAUCUCUUUGAAUUAUGUACUGGGUUAACUUUGCUACACUAAAAGGCAACUAUCUAAACCCAGUGUACCUUUUCAAUAAAAGUCAUAAAAUCAACCUGCCUUCCAUACCUCUCAUCUUUUAUCUUGAAACAUGUGUGUGUCUUUUAUGUCAUUGUCUAUAAGCUGGAGACCCCACUUAAGGCAGAAAGCUGCUGAGGGACAGCACAACUGUAGCCUUGCUCUGUUAUUUGACUGUUGCUCCUCUUUCACCUGUUCCUUUUAUUUAUUUAUUUUUUUAAGGUCAAACAUUUUUAUUUUAAAGACAGAGUUACAGAGAAAGAGGCAGAGACUGAAGGAUGGGGCUCUUGGGUUUGCUGGUUCAUUCUUCAAGAGACCACAAUCAGCAGGACUGACCCAGGUUAUAUACUGGAGACUGGAAGUCCAUCCAAGUCUUCAAAAUGGGUACAGAGGUCCAAGUAUUUGCACCACCUGCUUCUGCUUCCCAGUUGCAUUAGGGAACUGGAUCAGAAAUGGAACAGCUGUGGCUCAAACUGGCACUCAUGGGGCUGGCAUUGUGGUACAAUGGGAAAAGCCACCACCUGCAAUGCCAGCUUCUCAUAUGGGUGCCAGUUCAUGUCCUAGUUGCUCCAUUUCUGAUCCAGCUCCCUGUUAAUGGCCUGAGAAAAGCAACAGAGGAUGGCUCAAGUGUUUGGGCCCCUGCAACCCGUGUGGGAGACCCAGAUGAACCUACUGGCUUCUGGUUUCUAUCUGGCUCAGCCCUGGCCAUUGCAGCCACUUCAGGUAGAAAAUCUCUCUCUUUUUUUAGGAUUUAUUUAUUUAUUUGCAAGGCAGAGAUACAGAGAGAAAGGGAAAGAAAGAGAGAAAAAAUUUCCAUCUGCUGGUCUACUCCUUAGAUGGCUAUAAUGGCCAGGGCUGGGCCAGGUCCAAGCCAGGCCCAAACCAGGAGCCAGAAUCUUCAUCCAGGUCUCCCAUAUGGGUGGCAAGGACCCAAGUAUUUUGGCUAUCUUCUGCUUCUCUGAGACCAAUAGCAGGGAGCUGGAUCAGAAGUGGAGCAUCCAGGACAUGAACUGGUGCCCAUAUAGGAUGCCAGCAUUGCAAGCAGCAGCUUUACAUAGUAUUCCACAAUGCUGUCCCAUCUGUCUUUCCCUACUCUCUGUAACUCUUUUUUUUUUUUUUUUAAUGAUUUAUUUAUUUGAGAAAGGUAGAGACAGAGCAAAAGAUGUCUUCUAUCCACUGGUUCAGUCCCCAAUGGCCAGAGAUGAGCUGAUCUGAAGCCACAAGCCAGUAGCUUCUUCUGGGUCUUCUAGGUGAGUGUAGGGGCCCAAGGACUUAGGCCACCCUCUGCUGCUUUCCCAGGUACAUUAGCAGGAAGCUGAAUUGGAAGUGGAGCAGCCAACAUCUGAACCAGUGCCCACAUGGGAUUCCAGUACUUCAAGCCAGGGCCUCGACCAGCUGUGCCACAGUGCCAGCUCCCAUAACUCUGACUUUCAAGUAAAUAAAUAUGUAACCUUUUUUUUUUUUUUUAAUGGACACUUAAAUUGGAUGCCAGUAUUUUAUUUAGUGGUGGCUUGAUCCCCCGUGGCACAAAGCCAGCCCCUCCCUUUUAUCCUUUUGUUGACUUGUGUGUCAAGAUCUUUGUGAUAUCUGCUGAACAAAUAUUGGCAUUACAUUGGACUGUUCUGUUUUAUUUUGGUUCUUGUUUAGUGAGUUUAUGUUGGUUGUCAUUUUUGAGUAGCUAGCUAUAAUGUCAUCAGUGUCUAAAGCUGCCAUGCUUUAAGUUGGUACUGAUUCUUUUUUCUCUUUUUCAAAGAUUCACAUAUUUAAUUUUUUUAUUUUUUAACUUUUAAGUGAUUUAUUUAUUUAUUUGAAAGAGUUACAGAGAAGGAGAGGCAGAAACAGAUUUUUUUUAAAAAGAUUUAUUUAUUUAUUUGAAAGGCAGAGUUACAGAGAGACAGAGGUAGAGAGAGAGGUCUUCCAUUUGCUGGUUCACUUCUGAAAUGGUCACAAUGGCCAGAGCUGCACUGGUCCAAAGCCAGGAGUCUAGAGUUUCUUCCAGGUCUCCCAUGCAGGUACGGGGCCCAAGGACUUGGGCCAUCUUCUCCUUUCCUAGGCCAUAACAGAGUGGGAUCAGAAGUGGAGCAGCCAUGACUUGAAUUGGCAGCCAUAUGGGAUACUGGCACUGCAGGCCAGAGGCUUAACCUGCUGUGCCACAGUGCUGGCCCCUGAAACUGUUUAUACCUUUUUAUUUCUUCAAAUAUAAGCGGAAAAUGAAAUCCUCUCAAACCAAUAUGCUAUGAAGUAGUAAUUGAAGAUCAAGCUUGCUUUCUUCUCAUCUAACAAAUCCACGAGGUCUCUGUGUUUCUUAUUUUAGCCUAAACCUAUGUCAGAUUCCUGGAGCAGGAGGAAGCUUAUUUUUCCAGUCAUAAUUCAUAGAUGUGGUUAUCCAUUCACUUCUGAGGAUUGAAGCCAUAAUUCUGCUUUUUGCCUGGUUUGCCAUUUGCGAUGGCAUAAUCUCCCACAGGGAGAUGGAUCCUUCACGUAAGAAUACACCUAGGUGGAAGAAAGUUUAUGGAGUCUGUUUUCCAAAGUGAAACGGAAUUCUGUCCGGGACAUUCUUGAGACUGUGAUCAGCAGGGUGGGGAAAUUCUUAGCUAUACACAUUAACAUCCUUUUUUUUUUUUUUUUUUUUUUUUUUGACAGGCAGAGUGGACAGUGAGAGAGAGAGACAGAAAGAAAGGUCUUCCUUUGCCAUUGGUUCAUCCUCCGCGUGCUGCGGCUGGCACACCGCACUGAUCCGAAGCCAGGAGCCAGGUGCUUCUCCUGGUCUCCCAUGGGGUGCAGGGCCCAAGCACUUGGGCCAUCCUCCACUGUACUCCCGGGCCACAGCAGAGAGCUGGCCUGGAAGAGGGACAACCGGUACAGAAUCCGGUGCCCCGACCGGGGCUAGAACCCGGUGUGCUGGCGCCGCAAGGUGGAGGAUUAGCCUAUUGAGCCGCGGCACCAGCUAACAUUAACAUCCUUUUUUCCCCCAAUGUAUUCCUCCCUUGUGGUAUACUCUCUGCUGUUGCCCACACAGGGAGUGUCUGUAAUUGAGGCUAUUUGUUCACCACUGCAGCAUCUGGAGUUGCCUUUGAAACCAUCUGCAAUCAGAAAUUCAGGUGCAGGGUGAAGAGGGGACUGGCAUCCUGUAGCCACUCAGGUUUGGGCCCCUUGCUCCAUUUUUUCCUUCAGUGCUUGAGCAGCCUUGGAAGUUGUACUGAAUAGCAUUGGUUCUUUUGGAUUUGAGUGCUUGGAUAGCAAGAGAAAUAACUUUUUUUCUGUAAGAAAGGAUUGAGGGGCUGGUGCUGUUGCAUAGCAGAUAAAGCACCACCUAUAGUGCCGGCAUCCCACGUGGGCGCUGGUUUGAGUCCUGGCUGCUCCACUUCUGAUCCAGUUCUCUGGUAUGGGCUGAGAAAGCGAUAGAAGAUGGCCCCUGGACCCAUGGGAGAGACCCAGAAGAAGCUCCUGGCUUUGGAUGGGUACAGCCCCAGCCAUUGCAGCUAAUUGGGGAGUUAACCAGCAGAUGAAAGACACCUCUAUCUCUCUGCCUCUCCUUCUCUCUCUGUGUAAAUUUGGCUUUUAAGUAAAUAGAGUUCCAGAGAGAGAGAGAGGGAGGGAGGGAGACAUUAAAAUAUCCAUCUGCUGGUUCAUAUCCCUAAGGUCAGAACAGCUGGGGCUGGACUGGGUUAAAGCCAGGAGCCAGCAUGUUCCGUAUUUCCUAUGUGGGGGCAGUAGCCCAAGCGUCAUUCUUUGCUGCUUCCCCAGGCACAUUAUGGAGUUGUAUCAGAGGUGGAGCAGCUGGGACAUAAACUCAUGCACAAUAUCGGAUGCCAGCAUCACAGGCAGCGGCUUUUCCACUAUACUCUGUUGUCUGUUUAUGGAAAUAUAUAUAUAUUUAAGGGGUAUUAGGUCAUUCAGGCCCUCCCUACGAAACCAUUUUGAAAUAAUGACUGAGUUGCAGUCUGUAAAAUUGCUUCCAAAGAGAGAGCUUCAGGGACAGAGAGGGUAGUGAUGUAGAAGGGAUAUGAAGGACAAGGGAGGAUGGAGAGGCCAGAAGAAGUCUUGGAAAGUAUUCAAAGCACAAAGUAAUAGGACAUAGGUCAUUUGUGCAGAUCACCAAAAUUAACAUUAUUUUAGAGUUCCUUUUUUGUUAAAUUUAGAGACAAUUCCUAACAUAGUUUCUGAUAUACAUGGCUCACUUUUCAGUUUUCUUCCAAUGGUUAAGAUGUGCUUAUAAAAUAUAGGGAAGUGGUGUAAUUAAAUGCAAUAAUGCACUCCUAAAUGUGCAGUAAGCAUUAAAGUUUUGUUGAGAGAGGGAUGAGCAUGGCUUUAUGUGUAUCUCUUGCUUAGAACAGAAAGUUUUAUGACUGAAUUUGAGGUAAUGAAAAAUCAGUUUUAUAAUUGAAACAUUGACCAUUUUUCUGCUGCAGCCUCCCACCUAUACUCUGUAUCCCCAAGCAGAUAGUCCACAUGAGAGCACACCAGAAAGACGCCUGCGGAUUUGGAGUAUUACAAGUGAUGAUAGCAUUUGAAGAUCUAGCUGUGUACUUUACCUGGGAGGAAUGGCAGAAAAUGAACAAUGCUCAGAAAAUCCUGUACAGAGAUGUGAUGCUGGAGACCUACAGCAGCCUGUUCUCCUUGGGGUCCUGCAUUACCAAACCUGACUUGAUCAUCAAGUUAGAGCAAGGAGCAGAGCCAUGGAUGGUGGAAGAAUACCUAAAUGAGAGCCUUCCAGGUCAGUGUGCACAUAAUGGGCAGGGAAACCAAGCAGAAAGCCCAGGUUGUUGUAGCCACUUGUGGAGUGAAUUAGAAGUUGCCAUGAAAAGGGAUGACAUGAAUACAACCAACCAGGAAAGUCAGGACAAAAAUCUGAAUCAAGGUGUUUUGAAAAAUAGCAAGACAUCAGCUCCCAACAGAGUUGAAUUAAGAAAAACACUUAAUUUAAGUUCAAGCCAUAUUCCAAAACUGUUUAUCAAAAAGGGAAACUAUUCAGGAUUAAAACCUGAGGAAUGCAAUGUAUGUCACAACAGCUGUCUCCCCAGUGGGCCUGAUCAACUACAGGCUGGAGAGACAUUUGAUGCCACUAAAGUACCCUGGGACUGUCUCCAGUUCUGUGAGCCACUCAGUCAGCAUCACAAGAUUCAUAAUGUGAAGCAACCAUUUGAACCUAUUGUACAAGGAAAAGUCUUCACAGAAAAGAUGUUCUGUAAAUCUGAGAGGGUUCAUAUGGAAGACAUCUGUAAUAAAUCAACUGUCACUGUUGGAGAGACAACUCAAAUACAAAAAGCUUACCAUGAAAAUUCCAACCUCAGUAUGCAUCAACAAACCAACACAAGGGAGAAAUUUUAUGAAUAUAUUAGGUAUGUUGAACCUGUCAUUUACCAAUCACAUCUUGUAAUAAAUCAAAGACUACAUAUAGAGAAAAAACCCUACACAUGUAAACUUUGUGGAAAAUCAUUCAGUUCUAAAUCCUGCCACACCACUCAUCACAGUACUCACAUACAGGAAAACCCAAAUGUGUGUAAUGAAUGUGGAGAAACUACUUACAAGAAGUCAGAUCUAAUUACACAUCAGAAAAUUCACACAUGGAAGAAACCUCAUGAGUGUAGCGAGUGUGGAAAAGCCUUUUUCCAGAAAUCAUACCUCAUAGCACAUCAGAGAAUUCACACAGGGGAGAAACCUCAUGAAUGUAAUGACUGUGGAAAAGCCUUUGGCCAUAAGUCAGAUCUCAUCAAACAUCAGAGAAUUCACACAGGAGAGAAACCUUAUGAAUGCAAUGACUGUGGAAAAGCCUUUGGUCGUAAGUCAUAUCUAAUAAGACAUCAGAAAAUUCACACAGGGGAAAAACCUUAUGAAUGUAAUGACUGUGGAAAAGCCUUUGGCAAUAAGUCACACCUCAUAUCACACCAGAGAAUUCACACAGGGGAGAAACCUCAUAUAUGUAAUGACUGUGAAAAAGCCUUUGGCAAUAAGUCACAACUCAUAACACAUCAGAGAAUUCACACUGGGGAGAAACCUUAUAAAUGUAAUGACUGUGGCAAAGCCUUUGGCCAAAAGUCAACCCUCAUCAUACAUCAGAGAAUUCACACAGGGGAGAAACCUUAUGAAUGCAAUCACUGUGGGAAAGCCUUUGGCCAAAAGUCAGCCCUCAUCAAACAUCAGAGAAUUCACACGGGGGAGAAACCUUAUGAAUGCAAUGACUGUGGAAAAGCUUUUGUCCGUAAGUCACAACUCAGAAUGCAUCAGAGUAUUCACACAGGAGAGAAACCUUAUGAAUGUAAUGACUGUGGAAAAGCAUUUUGCAAUAAGUCAAAACUCAGAAUGCAUCAGAUAAUUCACACAGGGGAGAAACCUUAUGCAUGCAAUGACUGUGGAAAAGCCUUUUGCUAUAAAUCAUACCUUGUCUCACACCAGAGAAUUCACACUGGGGAGAAACCUUAUAAAUGUAAUGACUGUGGCAAAGCCUUUGGCCAAAAGUCAACCCUCAUCAUACAUCAGAGAAUUCACACAGGGGAGAAACCUUAUGAGUGCAGUGAGUGUGGAAAAGCUUUUCUGUGCAAGUCAACCCUCAUCAAACAUCAAAGGAUUCACACAAGGUUGAAACCUUAUGAAUGUAAUGUCUGUGGAAAAGCUUUUGCCCGUAAGUCACAACUCAGAAUGCAUCUGAAAAUUCACAGAGGGAAGAAACCAUAUGAAUGUAAUGACUUGGAAAGUCUUUUACCCUCAUUGCAUAUCAUCUAAUUAAAUGGGAAGAAAUCCUAUGAAUGUAAUGCAUUUCAAAAAGCUUUUAUUCAGAAGUAACACUUCAUAAAAAUCAGAGAAUUCACAUGAGGGAGAAACCUUAUGACUGUAAUGAUUGUUGGAAAGCUCUUUGCCAAAAUCACACUACACAACAUCAGAGAACUCACAAGGUGGAGAUUUAUGAAUGUUAUAAAUGUGGGAAAGGCUUUUGUCAGAAGUAAUACCUCGUAACACAUCAUGGAAUUCAAACAAGAGAGAGACUUUAUGAAUAUGAUGAAUGUGGAAGGGCUUUUUUCCAAAGUCAUUGUAACCAUUGUGACUAAGCCUUUUACUGGAAAUCACACCCCAUACAACAGGGAUUGCCAUAAAGGGGAAAGGUUAUAAAGUUUAUUAUUGUCACAAAAAGUCAUUUGUCCAUUUGUCAGAAAUCAAUCAUUAUAAAUCAGAGCAUUCACAAUGGGGGUUUCUUAGGAGUGUAAUACAUGUGGAAAUUAUUUCCCUGGAAUUCAGGCUUGCAUAAAUAUAGAAUUCACUAAAGUUGAUGUCCUUCAAAUGAAGCAAAUAUGAGAAAACCCUUAGCCAGAAAUUAAACAUCAACAACACCAGAGAAUUAAUAAAGAAAAAUAAUCAAUUUAAUGAAUGUGAAAAAAUUUCUCUGCCACAAAUCAGUUGUCAGUUCACAUGAAGAGACUCAGAAAUGAGAAAACAUUCAUACAUAGAAAAGUUUUGUACCAUGAGUCAUCUCUCAAUUGUUAACUGAGAACUUGCACAAGGGAAAAGUCUUAUGAAUGCAUUACAAUUGGAAAAGCCUUUACUGUAAGGCAAACUUCCACAAAACCUAACAAGAUUACAGAGAGAAGCUCUGAAAAUGUAAUGUGUUUAGAAUUCUUUGCUGGAAUCACACCUUAGCAAGUAUUAGGCAAUUCACAUGAUGAAUUGUGAUAUAGAGUGGUUAACCAUUCUUCAGAAAUUCUUUUUCAUACGCAACCUGCAGUUUUUGUUUCUCAUUGUGAUUGGAACCAAGUAUCUGAACUGUGCUCUCGUGUAUAAAUUUUGAUAAGAAAUAUUAAAAUUGCAACAGUUGAGCAA